GGCACUUGAAUAAUUAAUAAUCUGUUCGUGGAAGUUUUAAUUGUUUUAAAUGUCAUCAUCUUAAACAAUUGUGAUUGGGCUGUCACGACGAAUCUUGAGAAGAGUAGCACUAACCACGUGACAACGUUGAACAGAAUAUAUAACAGUUUAUAUACAUCACGUGUAAGCCCCGCCUUUUUAGGAAUUUGGUAACAAAGUUUCUGUUUCUACAGGGCUGCUGCAAAUUUCCCAUUGGCUCCAGUGCUAACACGACAGCAACAACCCCUCCUGCACAAAGAUAUGAAAACACCUUUACAGAAGGUAUGAUAAUAGUUCAAGCGCGAGCGGGAGCAGCCUGAGACUUUGCCGCAGUCAUGUUUGAUCUAAAAUUAAAGGGAGGCUGGAAUCUCUCGUUCGCUGGAUGCGGCUUUUUAGGGGUCUAUCACAUCGGUGUCGCGAGCUGUCUUCUGGAGCAAGCGCCUUAUCUGAUCCGCGGUGCCACUAAGAUCUGUGGAGCCUCUGCAGGGGCUCUGACUGCGUCCGUGCUCACUACCCAGGCAUGUUUAGAGAAAUGUUGUGAAGAGGUAAUCAAUGUUGCCAAGGAGGCACGGAAGCGUAAUCUGGGCCCUUUGCACCCAACAUUCAACAUAGUCAAAGUGAUACGUGAAGGCCUGUAUCGCGACCUGCCAUCCGAUGCACACACGCUGGCCUCUGGUCGACUCUGUAUAUCCCUCACACGCGUCAUGGACGGCCAAAAUGUCCUGGUGUCAGACUUCAACUCCAAAGAUGAACUUAUCCAGGCUCUUAUUUGCAGCUGUUUCAUUCCUGUAUAUUGUGGUUUAAUUCCUCCUGCCUUCCGUGGUGUGCGCUAUGUGGAUGGUGGGAUCAGUGAUAAUCUGCCCCACUCCGAGCUGAAGAACACCAUCACCAUUUCUCCAUUCUCAGGAGAGAGUGACAUCUGUCCAAAAGACAAUUCCACCAGCUUCCACGAACUGCGUUUCACAAACACCAGCAUACAAGUCAAUCUAGACAACAUGUACAGACUGAGCAAAGCAUUGUUUCCCCCAGAGCCUAAAGUGCUGGCAGAAAUGUGUCAAAGCGGGUAUAAAGACGCCCUCCGUUUUCUCCAGGAAAACAACUUGCUACAGGCAGCAUGUCCAAGAGCAGACGUGGCUUUGAUUCAGACCACGCCCACCUGCUGCUGUCCAGGCAAUAGGAAUCCAGUCAUGAUGGAAACCACAAAAGAGUGGGUGCUGCGGAGACUCCGCCUCUUGAGAAAACACCACUGGUGGUUGGACGAACAACUUGUCAAUAACCUGCCAACCCCCAUUAAGAAAGUUUUUUGCGAUGCCUGCAGAGAAAAGCACGGCCUGCUGGCACAAGUGUCUGAUUUUCUACCAUUACGUGUGGCAUCCUACAUGCUGAUGCCGUACACGCUGCCAGUGGAAUCAGCGUACUCUGCAGCUCAGAGGUUUUGGGAAUGGAUCCCAGAAGUCCCUGCAGAUGUGCGCUGGCUUGCUGAGGUAGCAGGUGGUGUUUAUAGACUGGCAUGGAAAGGUACAGCAUCAGAGACAAGCAGUGGCGGCCCUUUGAGAAGAUGUGCGAGUGAACCACCAAUGGUAGAUUUACAAAUGCCUGUCUCAAACUAUGAACACAUGCCUCAUUCUGCCAGCAACCUUGAAAGUUACAACUGGACUUUUCCGGAUGACUUCAGCUUCCUCUGUCGACCCACGGGACAGUCCCAUCAAUCAUAAAUAUAAAUACAUAGACGCCUCAUUGGCCGCUUUGAGCCAUUGCUACAAUACUUCAACGCAUCCGCCAUGUUUGUGAGGGCAAGACUGCCUUAAAAAUAAAUGGAAGUAAAUGUGGGAGCUGCGUAUUUUUCUGGAUAAAAACAGGAUAACAUUUACAUUUAUCAACCGAUUUCAGAGGUUUGUGAUCUACAUGCAGUUAAAAAUGCCUCCAGUUAUUUAGUUUGGAAAAUGAUACAUUUUCGUAAGAAAUUUUUGAAAGCUCAUACUUGUCUCACUUGAUUCCGUAGAUUUUUUCGGUGUACAAUUCUAAUGUUAAUGUAGCAUAACUGUGACAUAUAUAUGUAAUGUAAUUUGAAUGUACAUUAAAUGAAAUUAAGUUGUUUCA